AAAGAGAAAAAAAAAGGAAAAUUUGAAUUUUCCCUCCUUAUUCUAAAAAAGGUCAUGAUUUCUCGAUCCAAAUUUCAGUCACAAUUUCGGGACGCAGUAUCAUACCCAUAUCCGCUUCUAGUUUCUGCUACUCUCUCUUUACUUUUUUUUUUGUUUUUUAUCCCCAGCUCAUCAUCCUCCAAUUUAUCGUCAUUCCAGAUUCGGACCCUGUAUAGCAUAAACCCUAGAUCCACUUACAAGUACAGAUAUGGCUGGCCAAUCUGACCCUCACCAAUCACUCUUCUCUGCCGAAGAGGUCGAGUUCAUUGCGGAGGACGAGAUGGUUGAAAUCAUCCCCAAUCUCAGAAUGGAUGCUCUCAAUUUCAUCUGUGGGGAUUUUGGUCCAUUUUUCCCACAAAUAGCUACUCAGGUGCCGCUGUGGUUAGCGGUGGCUUUGAAGAAGAGAGGGAAGUGCACUAUUCGACCUCCACAGUGGAUGUCAGUUGAAAAGUUGACACAGGUUUUGGAAGCUGAGCGAGAUUCUCAACGAAUGUUUGAGCAAUUACCAUUUCAUUACGUAGAAAUCUCCAGACUUCUUUUUGACCAUGCGCGUGAUGACAUCCCCGAUGUAUACAUGGUGAGGUCUCUUAUUGAGGACAUCAGAGAUGUAAGGUUUCAUAAAGUUGAGACUAAUUUAGAGACACUUACUGAGCGUGCAUUUGCUUUGAAGAUAAACAAUCUAUCUGCAAUGGAAGUGAAUAUAGUUCGCCCAUUUGUUGGGAGAGCCCUACAGGCAUUUUAUAAGCACGAUAGUCUGGAGCUGAUACCAGAUCAAGAGAGAGUGUCUGAUAGACGGCCACAAGUAGCUAAUAACGCAACAAGACGGCAUCUGCGGCGAUAAUAUCAUCUUGUCUAUGACUAUCCAUCCUGAUCAGAAAAAGUACUUUCUGCUUACUAGUUUGGAGGUAUACCUGUCCUCAUAAUCUGACUGAUUUUCUCUUUGUUAUAAUGAAAUAACAUCCUUUGAGUUCAACUCAAACCUUUCACGCUAUUGAUUAGUUUUAUUUUCUUAGUUAGCUACAAAAAUUUUGAUACAUCUUGUUGUGGUUGUGCUAUUUAGCACUUUUCAACCUAUUAGAACUUUUAUGUUUAGGGGCGAUGAACAGACUGAUAUAUUU